CAGCUUCUAAACACUUUGGUUAACGCUAGCUAGACAUUGGCGCGCUUAGCCGCGCUAAAUAUUUGCUUAAAGCGACUUGCGUUAAAAAGAAGAAAAUAAUUUACAAACUAGCUGUUAAGGGGUUUUUUUGUGCAAGAUGCAACUGCUAAAAUGUGCAGAGAUGAGAAAUAGAAAGCGUUUAACUUUCUAGCGCUGACGACCAAACUCAUCCGGGAGCAUUAGGACAUUAUCAGGGUUGUUAGUGCAUAAAAUACAAAAUGCUACUACUUAAAUUGCCCCAUAGUACACUGCAACUGCGGUUAUUUUGUUUGGUAUAGUACACCGACUGUUGGUAACGUUAGCUGGCAGGCAGACUAACCGGUGGGCGAGACUGAAGCUGGUUUUAUGGGUCCCACAAAUGUGCCUGCCAUUUAUUGGUUGGACAGAGAGGGCGAGAGAUGCGCUCCUGUGCAUCCCUCCAAGAUCCUGGCUGCUCGUUGCUUAAAAGCAGAUGACGUGACGCACUUUAAUUGGAAAACGUGGUACGAGCAUCGAGUUUCUGCAAAGCAAUUUCCAGGCGGUUUUUCCCCUGCAUGCAAUUUGGAUAUCGCAAUGUCUGAAGUGAACGUCUGCCCCCCCGUGAGUGGAAAUCCCCCUCCACCAGAGGUCAUAAAUUCCAAGAGGCGUGGACGUGUAACCAAUCAGCUACAAUAUCUGGAGAAGGUGGUGCUCCAAGCUUUAUGGAGGCAUCAAUACUCAUGGCCUUUUCACCAGCCAGUGGAUGCAGUGGCACUGUGUCUCCCAGAUUAUUAUACAAUUAUUACAAAUCCAAUGGAUCUUGGCACCAUUAAGAAGCGGCUGAAGAAUAGUUACUACUGGCAAGCAGUUGACUGCAUAGACGACUUCAAUACUAUGUUCACCAACUGCUAUGUGUACAACCAGCCCGGGGAUGAUAUUGUUUUUAUGGCAAAAACCCUCGAAAAGCUUUUCCUGCAGAAACUUUCUAAAAUGCCUCAGGAAGAGUUUGUGGUAGAAGUCACUACAAAGGACCAACAAAAAGGGAAAAACUCUAAUGCAGAUGCAUUAAAGCACAGAUCCCUCGUGUCAGAGGUUGUUCUUCAGCAGACUGUGACAGUCAUUCCUCCAGAUGUCCCUCAGUCGAGCCUACCCAUCCAGCUCUCUGCACAAACUGACUCAACACUGAGCACUGAAAUGAGCAAAAAAGGUCUCAAGCGGAAAGCAGAGCCCACCACCACCUCAGUGAUCACCAGCAGUGAAGUCUCCCCUGCUGAACAUUCAGCACCUGGUAUGCUGAUCUCCCACAGAGGCAGUGGAAGGCCCAUCAAGCGUCCUAAGAAAGACUUGCCUCUCUUUGAGGCCAAGAAGGUCAGACUGUCUGAGCAGCUCAGAUGCUGCAAUGAUAUCCUGAAGGAGCUGCUCUCAAAGAGGCACUCUGCAUAUGCAUGGCCCUUUUAUGUGCCAGUUGAUGCGGCUGCUUUGGGUCUGCAUGACUACCAUGAUAUCAUCACGCAUCCCAUGGACCUGAGUACCAUCAAGAAAAAGAUGGAUCAACGAGAGUACGGAAAUGCAAAAGAAUUUGCUGCCGAUGUUCGCUUGAUGUUCUCCAACUGUUACAAGUACAAUCCACCUUCAAAUGAGGUGGUACACAUGGCAAGAAAACUUCAGGAAGUUUUUGAGGCCCGGUAUCUGAAGCUUCCCCAUGAAGCAGAGUCCUGUCAGACAUCACAUCAGCAAGAAAGGGGAAAAGGAAACCGAAAUGGAAGUCUGUCAACUUCAGAAAGUUCUGUCAGCAAAAGCUCAUCAUCUGAGGAAGAAUUUUCAUCAGAAGAGGUAGCCAUUCGGCUUGCCAAUCUGGAGGAUCAGUUGAAGGCUGUCAGUGAUCAGCUGAAGAAGUUUGUCCAGGAUCCCAUGAUGAAAUCAAGGAAGAGAGAAAAGCUGAAAAAGGAAAAAAGAUCACGGGAAAAGGAUAUAGCUCGACUAAAGAACAAAUCCUUGAAAUGCAAAUCUGUUGUUCAAAGAAUCGCAACCAGCACGAGCUCUUCCUUGAAAGAAACCAGACCUCCUAAUCUCUGUGAAUCCAUGGAAGAUGUGGGUUCAGCCCCAUUGGCACCAAUGACUUACCAGGAGAAGAAACAGUUAAAACUGGACAUCAACAAGCUGCCUGGUGACAAACUGGGCAAGUUGGUGAAAAUCAUCCACACCAGGGAGUCUUGUCUGCGAGAUUCUACUCUGGAGGAGAUUGAAGUUGACUUUGGAAUUCUCAAGCCUUCCACACUACGAGCUCUGCAGAGGUUUGUCGCAGAGUGUCUGACUAAAUCCGUCAAGAAUGUAACCAAAAAUAGACCAAAGCCCACAGGAGCAAUGCAGACUGCAAAACUAAAGGAUGGCAGAACGUCUCAGACUGUCGGCAAAGAACAGCGCUUAAUUGGUAAAAAGAGGUCAUCAGCUCAAGUCGUGGCCUCUCCUAAUCUCAGCUGCUCCUCAAGUGAGAGCAGCAGCGGCAGCUCAUCCGACAGCAGCAGCUCGAGUAGUCUUUCUACCGCCUGUGAUGUCAGUGACUCUGAAUCAGUGCUGAAAAAGAGGAAGCGGAAAUCUAAAGACCAUUGCCAAAAUGUUAACAAAAAGGUGAAACAUGCUGCUGGUAAACAGAUGUUGGGAGGAGCAGAUUUGACGAAAGCAUUCGUCAAGACUUGUCAGCUUUUUGUUAAUGGGCAGUCUGUAAAGGAAGCAGACAAGGAAGGACACCCAGCACAGCACGAUGCAGCGCUAACCUGUGAUGACUUCACUUUAUCGCCUCCAGAUUUGUCUGCACUUUUAUCCCCCAUGGGAUCUCCCGUAGUUCCACUGGACUGGGCUGCUGCAAGAUUUGAGCAGACCUCAGAGUCUUUAAACAAAAUGUUGCUUUUCCAGCAGGGUCCAGUGCUGUCCCCUCUUGCAGACAGCCCUCUGCAAUCCAAAGACGAAAUAAGACCCAAUUUCCGAUAUACUGCAGAUCUUCCUGACAACCAGUUGAUUAAUGUGCCUAACACUGAUGCUGCGAGUAAAUCUGCUGAGGGAGAAAAACCCCAAAUUCCCCAAAAGGAUAUUGUGGUGAAAAACACUGAGCCUUGGAUGAGAUUGGGAAGACAGAGAGAGACGGUGAUGCCACCUGCAAUCAAGUCCUCAAAAGAGAGCUUCCAGAUGUUUCGUGAAAAAGCACUGAAAAAGAAAUUGUUGGAUGAAAGCAAGGAGAUGGAGGUUCCUGAAAAGACCAGCCUACAAGUCCCAUGUAAAUCGGAACAAAAUCCACAGCCUGUUAAGGACGUUUCGGAUUUGCCUGGAAGUAUUUGCACAGAAGGUCCCUCGGAUGCUCCCAAACAUGUUGAACAGCAAAAGGCUAAAGAAACGCAACCUCUAACCACACAGCCGUCUUUAGAUAAAGAAAGAGAGCUGGCCCGCAAAAGAGCGCAGGAACGUCGCGAGCGAGAAGCAAUGUCUGGUAUCGACCUAACCUUGCAACGGGAUGUCAUGACUACAUUUGAGCUUGAACUUUGAGCCUGGACUAAAAGUGAACAGAGAUUCAUCUGAAAUGUGUUUGAUGUGUUGAUAAUUUUUUUUUUUUCCUUUCAAUGCCUUGUACAUGUCAAUAAACCUAAUAAAAUAAAUGCUUCAUUUGUGCA